CGCGGGCGCGCCGCGUGCCGUGCAGACGGGGUGUGAGAGUAGCCCCACAGAGGGAGUGACGUAGAGAACCCAAAAACUUGGUCUGAAAAAAAAGUGUGGAGAAAAACAGAUUGCAGUUUAUGAACUAGUGCGUUCAUCUCCAGCUGAGGAAAUGCGCGUAACUGUUUAUAUUCAUUUAUAUGUCCUCUGUAUACUGCGUUAUAACAAUAGUUUCGCUCGUGCCGCUGCGGAAGUGUCUGCAAAAACUGAAGUUUUGGACAAAAACCAACUUCUCGAGCUACACAGUAAAGGUGUGUUUCGAUUGGAGAGCGUGUCACAAAAGAAGUGUCUCUCUGCCUCGUCUGGUUUAUCUCUAACCAGCUGUGAACCCCCCUCUGCCUCCCUGCUCUGGAAAUGGGUGUCCCGGCACCGACUCUUCAAUCUGGGCACAAGCCGAUGUCUGGGAAUCAACAUGACCAACUCUCCCCAACCUGCCAUUGGACUUUUCGAAUGUGAUGUUUCACUACCCACCAUGUUGUGGCGCUGUGGGGGGAGCAUGUUAUAUGGGGCCAUGAAUAAUAAACUAGCGGUGGUGAGCUCCAAGGUGGUGGUGAACAGGGCCGCGCUUCAUCAGUGGAGGAUUUACGGGGCAGCCGGUGAAGGCCCCUGUGCAUACCCGUAUGAAGACAUCCACACACUACAAGGAAACUCCCAUGGGAUGCCGUGUUCCCUACCCUUUAAAUACAAUAAUAAAUGGUUUUGGGAAUGUACGUCUGAAGGGAGAGAGGACCGUCACCUUUGGUGUGCUACUACCAGCCGCUAUGAUAAGGAUGAGAAAUGGGGCUUCUGUCCCAAUCCAGCGCCAGGCUGUGGUGAAUUCUGGGAGAUCUCUGCUGAGCUAAAGGCCUGUUACCAGUUUAACUUGAACUCCAUCCUAACUUGGAGUGAAGCUUUAACUUCCUGUCAAUCACAGGGUGGAAAUCUUCUCUCCAUCACACAAUCCAAUGAACAGAGCUAUAUCAAGGAAAGGCUUUUGGAUGUUGGUGUGAUGGUCUGGAUUGGACUAAACCAUCUCAGUCAACACGGAGGAUGGCAGUGGUCAGAUGGAUCUCCAUUGGCACUAAUCAGUUACACUACAGAUCUUCCCUCUACACUAGUACAGCAAAACCAGCAAUGUGGCGUUUUUAACUCUACACAAGAUUACUGGCAGGGUCUUUCCUGUGAGUCAGCAUUGCCCUACAUCUGCAAGAAAGCCUUCAAUUAUAGCCGGAAAGCCGAGCCGUUCGAUAACUGGCAGUACAAGAUGACAACGUGUACAGAUGAUUGGCUGGACCAUAAUGGGUUUUGUUACCGGUAUGUGGAAAAGGCGGCGAGCUGGGACGCCUCUUCCAAUGCAUGCAAAGCUCUUGAAGCAGACCUGCUCAGCAUCCACUCGCUGUCCCAGCAAGAGUUACUGGUGAAACUGCUUUCAAAUGUCUCCAAGUCCAAAGUGUGGAUUGGUUUGUACAAAGAAGCAAAAUCUCCAGCAGUCCAAUGGUCUGAUAAUACCACCGUAACAUUCACAUCCUGGUACUCUCAGGAGCCUUCCCAUCGGCAUGGUGAUGAACGCAUCUGUGUGACAGCAGACAGUGAGGAUGGCAGGUGGCAGUUUGAUGGAUGUGAAGAGCAGCAUGCGGCAGUGUGUAAAAGAUCAGGUCUUGUAUCUCUGCAAGCUGCUGGAGAAGUGGAGGAAGGUUGUCUGGAGGACUGGAGGAGAAAAGACAAUUGGUGUUAUAUGAUCACUGAUACGGAGCAGACAUUUGAAGAUGCAGUGAAAGGAUAUUAUUGCAAAGCUCCUCUUGUGACUAUAGAAAACAGGUUCGAGCAGGCCUUUCUGAACAGUCUCAUUAGUGAAACAGGAGGCUCUGAUUCUCAAUCUUAUUGGACAGCGCUGCACGACCGCAACAAAACCGGAGAGUACCGCUGGUUGACCCAGAACGGCACCUCUGAACCCCUCACAUACACCAAUUGGAAUCGAAACCAGCCAGUGAGUAGAGGUGGGUGUGUGGUGAUGUCUGGAGGUCAGGCUCUGGGUCACUGGGAGGUGAAAAACUGCAAUGCCCACAAAGCCCUGGCUGUGUGCAAACAGAAAGUGAACGGUUCUCUUGACUCCUCGAUACGGGUGCCAUCAAUGGAUAGAAAUGCAGCUUGUCCGACGGGAUGGGAAAGCCGUGCAGGUCUGCAGCACUGUUAUAAGGUAUAUCACAUUGAGAAGAUCCUGAUGCAGCGUACCUGGGCAGAGGCUCAGUUUUUCUGCCAGGCUUUGGGUGCUGACCUGGCCAGCUUUCAUCACUAUGAGGAUCAGGCUUUCGUUAAACAGCUUCUCUCCACAAUGUUUGAAAGUACAGGGGGUCGCUGGUUUUGGGUGGGGUUUACUAAGAGAAACCCCUCAUCUGACGGUGCCUGGGAAUGGUCAGAUGCCACACCGGUGGUGACCAUGUUCAUUGAGGAUAUGAAUGAAGUGGACUCUCUCGCCUGUGCUGUGUACAGUGACCUCACAAACACUCUCACACCCCGGGCAUGUGACUCCAAAUACGAAUGGAUUUGCAAGGUACCGAGAGGUGUGGAGUUGAUCAAGCCGUACUGGUACAGUGAUCAACACGAACCAUGGGUGUUCUUCCGCGGGGCUGAAUACUUUUUCUCCAGUAAGCCAUUUCCCUGGGAGUCUGUGUCUGUAGCCUGUAUGUUGAUGGGAGCCAAUUUGCUGUCUGUUCACUCCAGCGAUGAGAUGGACUUUAUCAGAGGACGCCUAAACAAGGAUUCUGAAUGGUGGAUUGGUCUGUAUGCUAACAGUGCUCACAAUGGCUUCAGUUGGACCGAUGGAUCUGCUCUAGAUUUUGAAAACUGGGAAAACGGACGAUUAUACCGAAAGCCUGGCCAAAACUGCAUCCGGAUGUCCUCCCAGUCUGGUCAGUGGUCCACAGGGAGCUGUGAAAAUAGCCAUAGUUACGUGUGCAAGCGCAGGACCGUGUCUGUGGUGGAGCUCCCGCAGGAGCCGCACUAUAUCGGCAGCUGCCCGGAGAAUUGGCUUUACUACGGACACAAGUGUCUGUUUCUGCAUCUACCAGCCCGCCCGGAAGAGGGGAAAACUUGGCAGGAAGCUCAGUCCAUCUGCUCUUCCCAUCAGGGAACUUUGGUUUCCAUAGAGGAUGAAAUCGAACAGGCUUACAUCGUCAUGUUGCUUCACGGCUGGUCACCGGGGGUUUGGAUUGGUGCGCGGGGCGUCUUUUCUCGCAAAUGGGAUAAUGGGAAGCCGCUCAGCUAUAAAAACUGGGAGACGCCAACUAAUUCUAAAGUACCGGACGAACCUUUCUGCACCUACCUGUCCAACAGUCACAACUAUCGUGUAACAGGGGUAUGGCAAGAUGACAUCUGUACUGAGAGUGUUUACGGCUUCGUCUGCCAAAAAUCUCAAGAUACGACCAAACGUCCCACGCAUCCGUAUUACACCUCUGCUUCUCUGGAUGUAUCGGAAUAUAAAAAUAUCAGUUACCGUGUCAUCCAUGGCAACCUGAGCUGGUAUGCAGCACAGAAAAGGUGUUCGGACAGGGGAAUGGCACUUGUGAGCGUCACAGACCCAUUUCAGCAGGCUUACCUCACUGUGCUUAUGAACCGAUUGGGAGUCCCACUUUGGAUCGGCCUUUACAGUACAGAUGAUGGUAUUUCUUAUCAGUGGUCGGAUGGCACAGAGGGUUCAUUCACUUACUGGGAAGUUUCAAAUUAUUACCCAGAGGGUCCAUUGGGGGAAGGAGGCUGCAUUACUAUGGAUGUUACUGGACGCUGGAAGGAGGAAGAAUGUGACAGGAAGAUAUCAGGAGCGAUAUGCUAUACACCUCCUCCAAAAAGCAUUGCUUUUUCUUAUGAAGUGGUGUGUCCUGAGACCUGGGUGAAGUUUCGUGGGAGCUGCUAUAGUUUUAAGUCCGUCAUGUUAGAGAUGGACCUGGAGGAAGCCAGAGAUCACUGUAGAAAGACAGGAAAUUCUUCGGACGUUCUCACAGUUCAAGAUGAUGUGGAGAGCCGCUUCUUUCUUAAAGAGAUGUGGCAUUAUUACCAAGGGCCUCAGAACGUAUGGCUAGGAAUUAUUUUUGACACUGACAAUGAUGCUUUGACCCGAUUCGACGGUUCGCCGCUCCAGUACACAAACUGGCGUUCCAAGGCUCCGGAUGCGGAAGCGAUGGAUGUCGACACCUGUGUGACUAUGCGUGUGGCAGAUGCUGUGUGGCAGUUGGCCAGCUGCAGGGACAGAUUUGGCUUUAUCUGCAAAACCUCAACAGGUGCUAUCAAAGAGGUUGAGGUGGAGCCACUAAAAGGGAUGCAUCAAGGUGUGAUUUUUACUGCCGCCCUGGUGGCCAUUCUGCUGUUUGCCGUGAUGAUCGGCUCAUUGUGGAUCCUUUACAAAAGAAACUCUCUGUGCAUGCGGAGGCUUCCGUCAUUUGGCAGUGCCUACUACAGACAGACAAACUCCCAAUCCAGUGACCAAGAUGAAAAUGUUUUACUCCCAGAACUGGAAACACACGCAGGGGACUAAUGCUAGUUUUGUAUGAAUAACUUCAUGAAUUUUGUAUGUGUGUAUUCACCUUAGUGUUAAAUAAGUCAGGGAGACUGCAUGUGGGAAUAUGUUGAAUCUGAUGGGAAGAUUCGUACAUCGUCUGCUCAUGCUGUAGCUACGAGAUCAUGUCAUGCACGUACAAUGCAGAUCUAAUGAAGUACCAUUUUUAAGCAUUAUAAAAAGGGAUUUCCUUUUUAACGGGAUUUAUAGGAAUUUUUUUUGUAUUCUGAUGAACCGAAGCUGGAAAUGCUAAUAUUGGCCAAUUUGCUUUUAACUUAUGCAACUCUUUCAACAAUGCAACGUUUGGAUCUCUUUGAAUCUCCUAAAACACUUUGAAGACUUUAAAUAGACUGUAUACAGCAGGAAAUUCAAACUGUUCUUCUUAAAACAAUAAACUGCAAUCAUACAUCCAUAAGCCACUACACACCAAAGCAGAAAAGAACAGUGUGACUUUAAGUAAAUGUUUACCUUACACAGAGUGCAUUGUGUUAUCAGUAUUACAUCCUUAGUAACGUUGUGUUAUCCUCUUGAAGCUUGUUUGAUCUGAAGUUUGUUUGUUAGGGUUAUGUGUUUGUUCUUUAUAAGCACCUUAUCUUGCAUAGUUUCCAGAGCACCAAAGCAGUGUUAUUAGAAUAAAGGUCAGAGAUGCACAUCAAAUUCCUCCUCUUUGGUUUAUAAACACUAAAAACUGCAGAGCCCCAAAACCCACAGUCUUUGUAGAGAUCAUUGUGGCUACAUCAGAGGUAAACUUACACAAUUUGAAUGAAUGAAUAUACAAAGCUGUUCUUCAUUUUAACUGCAUUUGCGCAUUUUUAUUUGACUUUUUUCAAUUUGACUCUUGAAUUUGGUGCUGUUUGAUUUUUAGGAGAAAAUGGAAAGCUGUAUAUAUUUUUAUAUAAGCCAUAAACACAGUUUAUGUUAUUUCUUAUAACAAGAACUGUAUAGCAAGACAAUCAUGUUUUUUUUUUAAAUCAAUAAUAGAUGUUUUUUAUAUUUGUUGUAAAGUUUGCUAAGGUGUUACUGUAGAAGUGUUGGUUGGUUUGUAUGUUUGUAUGUUUUUGUGUGUGAUAGGGUGCAAAGUGUCUGCGUUGUGUUAUUGUCUCUCACAGUUUACAUUUUUAUUCAUUUUAUUAAAAGUGAAAAAACGUGUUUUUUUUAAGUGUGUUGCUUUGUUAAUCAUUUUUUUAAAGAACAUUUAGUCCGUUUAAUGUGAUUAAAUGCGGAUUUUUAUCCGUUUCAUGAUAAAACAAUAAAAAUUCAGCGAUGCAGAUGUAGAAGUCUGCUCAAGUCA